AUGAUUGUAGUAGCAGGAUCACCUUCAAUGCUCCGCUCUUCUUCACGACACCAAGCCAUCACAAAGUCGUGGUCUAAACUCUGGAAACAGAGGACGGCGCGGCGUAAAGUUGUAGAGAUGUCCGAGCAGCGCGAUGUCACCCUUCCCCUUGCAGGCAUCAGAGUCGUGGAGUUUGCUGGGCUUGCACCAGGCCCCAUGGCUGGCAUGAUCCUGGCUGACUUUGGUGCCACAGUGAUACGCGUAGAUCGUCCUUCAGUUCCGCCAACGGUGGCCCCAGAUGUCCUUUGCCGCGGAAAGCGCUCGAUAGCCAUCGACAGCAGAGUACCGGCCGGACGUAAGGCUCUGCGCAGGCUCGUCGAUAGUGCAGACGUUCUCAUUGACCCAUUUCGUCCAUGCGUCAUGGAGCGCAUGGGACUUGGUCCAGAAACGUUCGUAGGCAAUGAAGGGAGCAACAAACGACUUGUUUACGCGCGCUUGGUUGGCUUUACGCGAAUAGGUCGUCAAAAGGAUAUGGCGGGACAUGAUAUCAAUUACCUCGCCUCGAGCGGUGUACUGUCGCUUAUGCCAGGGGAUGAAAAACCAAUGUUCCCCGCUAAUCUCCUAGGAGAUUUCGCUGGAGGUGGCCUUACAUCCGCAUUGGGAAUCCUGCUUGCACUCAUGGAGCGGCAGCGCAGCGGUCUAGGACAGGUAGUGAACACAGAUAUGGUAUCAGGAACGCGUUACGUCUCGACCUUCCUCAUGCUUACGCAUCUCUAUGCUCCCCCUCCACUCUCUGGCGAGCGAGGAAAGACAACGCUUGAUGGUGGAGCGCCAUUUUACGAUGUUUAUACGUGUGCAGAUGGGCGCUGGAUGACCGUGGGAUGUCUAGAGCCGCAGUUCUUUCGCGUAUUCCUUGAUAAGUUCCUAGGUGUGGUUCCGCCGAAGUUCACACUUUCGGAUGGAUGGAGGCCAACAUACGAGACGCAGGCAGACCGGAGCGCGUGGCCGUUGUUGAAGGAAUAUUUGAAGCAAGGAUUCAGGAUGCAUCCAAGGGACUUUUGGACCGAAGUGUUUCAUGGAACUGAUGCAUGCACCGUUCCUGUUCUGUCGCUUUCCGAGGCAGCGGCUUCCACGCCUUCAAGCACGCCUUCAAGCACGCCUCUACUUAUUCCGACGCCACAUCCACAUCUGGGAAGGACACCGUCUGUUGCAUUACGUGAUGUCUCUCCUCAAGAUGUAAAGCGGACUACUGAACUUAUUCGUGGGCAACACACGGAGGAGGUGCUCAGCGAACUCGGGCUAACCGAUGAAGAAAAGAGGGAGCUGAUGCGUGAUGGUGCGUUAGGGAAAGACUGCGCAAGGUUGUAA